UUGCACUUGUAUAAUUGACAAGCUCAAACUCACACCAUUCUGAGAAGUGAAAACACCCAAAACACUUGCAAAUCCAUUCCCAUCAUACAAAUUUCUUAUCUCUUAACUUUCCUUUUGAUCUUCUCUAACUCCCAAAGAAACAUGGGCAGUGAAAAUCAUCACCAUCAUGACUUGUACCAUCAGAACCUGCAUAUCCAUAACAGAAGCACAUUCCUGCCAAUGCUAUGUUCAAGGACAUCCAUAAAAAGUGUGAGUCUUCCACAGAGAAGAGACCAUCAUCCAGGUUCCUUCUCCAUUAACCCUCUUUCCCCAAGAAUUGGUUGCAUGGGUCAGGUGAAGAGGGACAACAAAAUAGCACAACUUCCAACCUCACAACAACAUAGACUCAGCCUCACCACCACCAAAAGCAACACCACCUCCAUCUCUAUCUCCCCUAUUGUCAAGUAUUCUAAGCUCAAAAAGCUCUUCUCUGCCAAAAACUUAACCACCACCACAACUGCUCCUCCCUCCAGUUGUGGAAGGACGCAACGAGUGACCAAGGUUUUAAAUUGCGGUCGUGGUAGUGGUUGUGCUUCCAGCUGCGUUGUGGAAUUGCAGACAAAUACUAAUGGAUAUGGCCGCAAUUGCUGUCGUGAUGCCGGUGCGAGACUCCCACACUCUUCGCGUUCCGGACCGCAAUUUAAAUCCCUGCAGGUGACAACAGUAAGUGGUGCAGAUAUGUCCAGGAACAGAAACCAGAGGCGUGGUUGGAUUAGUAAUGAGAAUGUUAUUCCCAUAAGCAUUGAAAACAUGGAUCCUCCUCUCCCUGUGAUCAAGGGAGUGAGAAAGUCAGAUGAAGGAAAUAGUCUUUGGAAAAGGAGGUCAGGUGGGGUUGCAUUGAAAAGUUUAAAGCUUCCACAGAUUCACCAUCCAAGACAUCAUCUUCAGCUUACAAGUGUUUGAUGGGUGAUCAGAUCAGACAUAUUGAAAAGUCUUCUUUUUUCCUAUUUGUGAAAUUUAUACAUCAGAAUAUUAGAUAUAUAUUCUACAAGGUCUGUUUUUAUUUUGUGUUGCUUGAUUUCCUGGGGUAUCUCACAUAUGGCAGUUAUUCAGAAAAUCCUAGUUAUAUUGUAUGGCAUAUAUCAGUGAAUACAUCAUAAGAGAAUAACCAACAAUGUCGUGUACUUAUACAAGUGGCAUGUUUUGUACUAAGAAAUUAGCAAAAAUGGAUUUUGGUUUA